GGCCGCCGACACAUCUGCAGCCAUGUCGGGCCGCUCGGUGCCACACGCCCACCCGGCCACCGCCGAGUACGAAUUUGCCAACCCGAGUCGCCUGGGUGAGCAGCGCUUCGGAGAAGGUGGCUUCUGAAGUCCAACCUGCUAGGUUGAAAUCUGACACUGACAGAGACUCCCUGGGAGCUGCUACUGAAAGCUAAACCAGGAAGCAGGAAAUGCACAAGCCUCUUUAUGUGGAAAACAGCUGGGCUCCCUCAGAGACAGAGCACCAUGGGAAACCGUCUCUGCUGCGGGGGAAGCUGGAGCUGCCCAACAAUUUUCCACAGGAAAAAGAAAACAGGGAAUCAACCAAGAUGGACAUCGAAGCAGCAGCCACAGCAGCAGAAAGGCACAAAGGGUAAUGACACAACAGGACAUGCGCGUGAGGGGGUGUUAGAGCACUCUGCAUCUCAGGAGAGGAGUCAAGGCCUCAGGUCGGAGGAAAGCAACUUACAUUAUGCAGACAUUCAAGUGUGCAGCCCUACCCAACCACGCUCUGUCGGGGAGGUGAAGCACCUGCAGUUACAAAAUGCUACAGAGUAUGCUACCCUUUGCUUCUCCCAGGCCACACCCUGCUAUGACAGCAAGAAUGGGACCCUAGUAUGAGCCCUGAGGAGGAAGGACCAGUUUCCAUCAUUUAACCACUACUUCUGUGGGAGAAUCUACUGCUUUGGGGAACUGAGUGGCAGCAACACAGGAUGGCGGCCACAUUUUUAAGCUUAAAGAAUUCAGGAGCCCCUGGAAUUGUAUAUCCCUAAUCUUGUUCUCUCCCCCUGGCCUAGCUCUUAUUUGUCACUAGGAGUGGAUGGAGUUGCACAAAAUGAGGGGUCUAUGCUGAGUGUGCAGAAAAGUGUGGAAAGAACAGGUUACCCCUUAAGCACGUGAGCUGAUCUUGUUGAACUUAGUCUAAUGGUAUUCCUUUUACAUACUUAAAACUCCAAAGCUGAAGAAGAAUUGGUGCUCUAAAAAAGCAUUCUGAGUUUUGGUAGACAGCUCCCAGGCUUGGCUUGGUCCUCAGCAGCUAGGUCAAGGGUCCCCGACCUGAACAGCAAAUGAGGCCAGGGGCUGAAGCAUGGAGGAAGCAUUCUCCAAACAUCAGUUACAAGGACUUCAAGUCACUGAUACUGACAGCACUAUGUAGCCUGGGGAACUCUUCUUGGCGGAACUGCUGGCUCUCACAAGUGCGGAGCCGCUAGGAUCAAUAAAUACCUUACGGAA